AUGGGUGCUUAUUAUGACGAGAUAGAGAUUGAGGACAUGGCUUGGGACGAGGAAAAGCGGGUCUAUCACUACCCUUGCCCGUGUGGAGAUCGCUUCGAGAUAUCUCGUCGACAGCUUGCAAAUUACGAAGACAUUGCGAUAUGUCCGAGUUGCAGUUUAGUUAUUCGAGUGAUAUUCGAUCCACUCGAUUUUGAAGACGAACCUCCUGAUGACGAAGGUUCAGGGGAAGAGGAAGAGGAAAAGGAGGAAGAUGAUGACAGCAGCGAUGAAGAUCACUUUGAAGACGCCAUGGAGAAGUUGUCCAUCACCGACGAAACCCCAAAAGUAGUUUCAGUGGCGGCUUGA